GCUGAGGCGCGGCGGCCCCUGUCAGCGCGGCCGCCUGCGGCGGGGGCUGGCGGGCCCCGGCGGAGCGGGGUGAGUAAAGAGCUGGACGGGUCCGCACAGAGAAGGAGGGAACGCGAUGGAGGCGGCAGCCUUGAAGGUGCUUCCCCUGGACCCGGGAGAUGAAGGCACCCAGAGGUGCAGGGUGGGACCUGCCGCCCUCUCCCUCCUGGGAGCCAGGAUCGGCGCCCCGCUGAGGGUCUCUCUGCCUAGCGGCUGCUGUCUCUGCACGGCCUGGCCCAGGCACGAUUUGGCUGACGGGUACCUGCAGGUUGAUCUGACCUGCAAAACGGCGGGUGUGACCGCAGGGGACCUGAGGGGCCUCACGCUGGGUGUCGGCCAGCUGAAACUUCUGGCGUGGCGCCAGUUAAAAAAGGCGACUGUGAAAGUGGUCCUUAAGGGCUCCGCAGUGAAAAAGUCGACUCGCAGAGCAGUCUUGCAGGAGACGAUCAGAGAACUGCUAAGAAAUGUUUAUGUUUCACUUCAUUAUGUUGUUACUGUUGCCCCAAAUCUUGAAAAUCCUGUGGUGUGCAUUGAAAUCCUGUCUGUGGACCCUGUGACAGAUGAAGCCGGACUGAUAACCCCCCAAACAAGCAUAAAAAUUAAGGAGGUGGUCACUUUUGAAUGGUACAGGCAUUUAUCAGAAGACACUGCAAAAACUUCGAUUGCGGGACUAGAUGAUGUGGCAAAGUCUUUGAAAGAAAUGAUUGAUCUGCCUUUCCGCUUCCCAAAAACUUUCAAGAAGUUAGGGCUUUCUGUCCCUAAUGGGGUGUUAUUAAUAGGGCCCCCGGGAGCAGGGAAAACUCUUAUUGUAAAGGCAGUAGCCAAAGAAGUGGGUGCGUAUCUGCUUUGCAUCAGUGGCCCAGCUCUCUAUGGUUCAAGACCAGGAGAAAGUGAAGAGAAUUUGCGAAGAGUCUUUGAAAAGGGCAAAGAAAUGUCAUAUGAAGGCCCAACCAUUCUGUUUAUUGAUGAGGUUGACUCUUUAUGCCCAAAGCGAGGAAGUUCGAACAAUGCUCCUGAAGAUCGUAUCGUUGCUCAGUUGCUAACGCUACUGGAUGGUGUAGAUAGUGAGGGUAAGAUGGUCAUUAUGGCAGCAACAAACAGGCCUGGUGCCUUAGACCCUGCACUGAGAAGACCUGGCAGAUUUGACAGAGAGAUUAUUAUUGGGACACCAACACUUACACAAAGAAGAUCCAUCCUGCAGUUGUUGACAUCUAGUAUGCCGAUUUCUACAGAUGUUGAUUUGGUUAAACUGGCAGAAAUGACAACUGGGUAUGUUGGAGCUGACCUUACAGCACUCUGCAGAGAAGCUGCUAUGCAGGCUGUGUUCCACAGCUCUUUGGAUUCAACUGAAACAGCAAUUGACAUGGCAGAUUUCCAAGAAGCUUUUAAAAAAAUCCAACCAUCCUCUUUUCGAAGUACAGUUGGACUAACAGAGUGUAAACCUGUCACUUGGGAGCAAAUUGGUGGUCUUGAAGAUGUGAAAUUAAAGUUAAAACAGUGUAUUGAGUGGCCUAUGAAAUUUCCUCAGGCGUUUGCUAGGAUGGGCCUGUCUCAUCCAAAGGGAAUUCUUCUCUAUGGACCAUCAGGGUGUGCCAAAACCACACUGGUGAAGGCUGUGGCCACAAGUUGUCACUGUUCCUUUCUCUCUGUAAGUGGCGCUGACCUUUUCUCACCUUAUGUUGGAGAUUCCGAGAAGAUUUUAUCUCAGGUUUUUCGCCAAGCAAGAGCAAAUACUCCAGCAAUAAUAUUCCUAGAUGAGAUUGAUUCUAUCUUGGGAUCUCGGUCACACUGCAAAACUGGCCAUGGUGUCUCAGAGCGGGUUCUUUCUGUCCUUCUCAAUGAGCUGGAUGGUAUUGGGCUGAAAGUCACAGAAAGAAGAGGAAGCAAACUACAGCUUGAGGGUCGAUGUCAAGAACAAAGUGAUGAGGAAAUAAAGCUAGAGUUUCAGGAAAUUUUGAACAAAGAUUUCAUGGUAGUUGCUGCAACAAAUAGACCGGAUAUGUUGGAUGAUGCCUUAUUGCGUCCCGGAAGGAUAGACAAGGUCAUCUAUAUUCCACCUCCAGAUCUGAAGGGAAGGCUUUCCAUUUUGAAAAUCUGCACAGAAAAAAUUCCAUUAGAUAGUGAUGUGUCAUUAGAAGAUGUGGCAGUCCUAACAGACCUCUUCUCUGGAGCUGAUAUUGAAAAUCUGUGCAAGGAGGCUGCUUUGUUGGCAUUGCAAGAGAAUGGACUUGAAGCAACUGUUGUAAAACACGAGCAUUUUGUAAAAUCAUUGAGGACUGUAAAACCAUCCUUAAACAUAAAAGACUUGGAAUUUUAUGAAAAAUUUAAUAAUCAAGAAUUAGCCUCUUGAAUCAAAAAGGAGUGAUGUGGCAUAGGUAUUUUUAAAUAUAUUACAAAGACUUUGCAAUGGCUUACAUCUUUUCCUGCUUUUUUUAUACUGAACUUACUGUAGUUUUCAGUGUAUAUGAAUACAGUAAAAUUUCACUUAUGAAAAAUCUGUGACUUCAAUAAUGGAGAAUAAAUCAAAGUCCUGUUUGUUUUGGCUAGGCUUCCUCUGUCUGAUGAAAGGAGUAAUUGAGAUACUUGGAUAAAGCACUGUGGAACAGCUUAGCGUUACUGUAGAUUUCCUAGUUUUCAGUACAAACACUGGCAUAACAAGAAUAUUUAAUUUAAAUUGUGUUGUGAAGUCUCCAAAGGACAGUGAAUAUUUAAAAAAAAAAAAAUAGAGAAGCUUUCAGAAUGAUAAAUAGAAAGAAGCAAGUCCCAUACUAUGUAAAGUGUAAGGUGUUUUGUAUGUGCGUAUCUAUAGGCUUGCUUUCUUACAAGCAGAUUCCAAAAUACAGUGGCAGUAAAAAGGUUGUCGGUGCUUAAUACCUUGUUAAGUUUAGGAGUCUGGGUUUUUUGAAAUAAUUUUAGAGCAGUUACUACUUACUGUACAAACAUUUGGAUUGAGUAAGCAGAUACUAAGCCUCUAAUCAAACAAUUCAAACUAUAAUAAUUCCUUUAGAGAUGGGAGUUUUGUUUUAACAGUUUCUGCAGAAUUCUUUUCCCCACCCAACCAUUCUUUGUCAAUACAUGUUUGUAAGUUGUCUUCUAAAAUACACAGAUAUAUCAAAGGAAAUAAUUAAGUGUGCAUUUUAACUUACCAGGGUAGGACAUUUUUAAUUAUUUUCUCCUUUUCCCCAUGAAAAUGAUUGCAAACUAAAUACUCUACUGUUGAAGGUAGUUUCUUAUUUCAGCU